CAUGUCAAGCCGUUUCUAGCUUAUAGUAAUUCUCACUCCUCCAGUGCAAAAACCAAGCAAAAUGUAAGGAAAGAACGAACAGCUUCGCUUCAGAUCGCGAGUUUGCCCAAACCAAUUUCAUCUCUCUCCUCCUUCGCCUAAUUCAAACGUUCAAUCCAAGUCCUUACUGUUUCUCUACACGAAAACAAAAUGUGGAAAUUCAAAGCCUUAAUUACGGCAUUAGGGUUAGUAUUAUCACCUAUCCUGAUGGUUCAGUCGAUGAGAUUCGACCUUCAAUCGGGGUCCACCAAAUGCAUAACAGAAGACAUCAAGAACAACGCCAUGACUGUGGGUAAGUACAGCGUCGUCAAUCCCAACGAGGGUUUUCCGAUUCCCGACACCCACAGGAUCACCGUCAAGGUUACAUCACCCCACGGCAACAAUUAUCACUAUGGUGAUACUGUGGGUUCUGGUACCUUUGCGUUUACCGCAUCUGAGACUGGCGAUUAUAUGGCUUGUUUUUGGGCAACUGAUCACAAGCCGGUGAUGACGUUCUCAGUUGACUUUGAUUGGAAAUCUGGUGUUGCUGCUAAGGAUUGGUCAAAGGUUGCUAAGAAAGGACAGAUUGAAGUGAUGGAACUCGAGUUGAAGAAAAUGUACGACACGGUCUCAUCUAUCCACGAUGAGAUGUUUUAUCUUCGUGAAAGGGAGGAAGAAAUGCAACGGCUAAAUAGAGCAACUAAUUCAAAGAUGGCCACCUUUAGUUUCUUCUCCCUUAUGUUUUGCUUGUCGGUUGCUGGUCUGCAAUUGUGGCAUUUGAAGGCAUUCUUUGAGAGGAAGAAGCUCAUCUAGUUUUAUCUCAAGAGGCCUACAGUUCCCGUAUCGGUUUUCUUUUCUCUCUUUUCGAAAUUUUGGUUACUUUGUUUGAGUUUUUGAGAGAACGAAGCUCCUCUUUUUUUUUGAGAGUUUUACAAAUCUGCUGCUGCUUUCUCUUGUCCAACAUAAUUUCAUGAAAUUCAAACCUUUUCUUUUCUCCGUCAAGGACCGUAGAUGGAGACUCA